CACCAUAUUUCGGGUGGCAUCAUUUUUACGCGCUAAAAAGUGAAUUUUGAGUUUUGUGCUGUAAAAUGGACACAUCGAACAACGUACGCCUGCAACUUCAGCAGCAGCAGGCACGCAAAUCGAAUCAAAACAUUCAGGUCUAUGUGCGCGUUAGGCCGCUGAAUGCACGCAAGCGAUGCAUACGCUCCGCAGAGGUUGUGGAUGUGCUCAGUCCACGCGAGAUCCUCACACGCCACACCCUCGACUCGAAGUUGACGAAGAAGUUUACGUUUGAUCGGAGCUUCGGCCCCGAGUCCAAGCAAUGCGAUGUCUAUGCGGUGGUGGUGUCGCCCCUGAUCGAAGAGGUGCUAAGCGGCUACAAUUGCACGGUGUUCGCGUACGGACAGACGGGUACUGGCAAGACGCACACGAUGGUGGGGAAUGAGACCGCGGAGUUGAAGUCCUCUUGGGAAGAUGACUCUGAUGUGGGCAUCAUACCGCGUGCCUUGAGUCACCUUUUCGACGAACUCCGCAUGAUGGAAGUUGAGUUCACGAUGCGCAUCUCCUACCUGGAGCUGUACAACGAGGAGCUGUGCGACCUCCUCUCCACCGAUGACUCCACAAAGAUACGCAUCUUCGACGACAGCACAAAGAAGGGUUCGGUGAUCAUCCAGGGCCUCGAGGAGAUCACUGUCCAGAGCAAGGACGAUGUCUACAAGCUCCUGGAGAAGGGCAAGGAGCGACGCAAGACCGCGACCACCCUCGUCCGCCACUCUCAUCUCGUCCACCCGCUCGAGAGGUCGCGAUCGUCGGACGUGCCAGAACCGUUUCGUGUCGUUGGCUGUCUCUGGAUCGACGAUUGGGCACAUCAAUAG